GUAAUCGUUUAUGUUCGUAUUAGUAUGUAUGUAGUGUAUCUACAGGGAAAUGAUAUUUAGACACAUUAUUUUGUUAGUCAUUGUGGUUUUUUAAUUACUUUCGUUGGAAUGCUCAAGAUAAAAUGUGAAUUCUGUGGGUUGCGGCAAUUUUAUACUUUAAGAUGCUGAAUUAUCGUACGCUCAUAUCUUUAGUUUGCUCGUAGGCAAGGCUCAUUAACUGGACAACUGGAAAACCAAAUCCCUGUGUGAUACUGAAAUGCGAGUUUAGCUUGACCGCUCCCUCCAUGUUCAUUUCAUAAACGUAUGGGCAGUGUUGAUCAUAAUGUCUAAUGAGACCAGAUCAAAUUCUGCUCUUUUUAAGCGGGCUGAACAGUUGAAACGGUGGGAGGAAUCGGAAACUAAUCGUGAAGCUGCAGUGCCUAAUAAUAAGAGUAGAAAAGUCCAGUUCUCUGCAGGAUGUGUGUUUUUGGCAGCAUGUGCAGCAGGCGACAAGGAAGAAGUAUUGCGGUUGCUCGAAAAGGGAGCUGACAUUGACACGGCAAACGUUGAUGGUUUGACAGCCCUUCAUCAGGCAUGUAUUGACGAUAAUCUGGAAAUGGUGGAGUUCUUAGUAGAAAAUGGGGCAGAUGUUAAUAGGGGUGAUAAUGAGGGGUGGACACCCUUGCAUGCUACUGCUUCCUGUGGUUUCAUCAGCAUUGCAAAGUACCUGAUUGAGCAUGGUGGCAAUGUUGCAGCUGUUAACAAUGAUGCUGAACUGCCUCUUGAUAUUGCUGAAUCAGACGAGAUGGAAGAUAUGCUUCAGCAGAAUAUUAAUGCACAAGGGAUUGAUUGUGAUGAAGCCCGUAAUGAAGAGGAGAGAAUGAUGCUGGAAGAUGCAAAGGAAUGGUUAAACAAUGGUGGUAUUGAAGAGACACCGCAUCCCAAGACCGGAGCCACAGCACUCCAUAUUGCUGCAGCUAAAGGCUAUAUCAAAGUAAUGAGUGUUCUCUUACAAGGUGGUGCAAAUUUAAAUUCCCAAGAUUUUGAUGGCUGGACACCGUUGCAUGCUGCAGCACACUGGGGGCAAAAGGAAGCUUGUGAAAUGCUCGUGGAGGAGUUCUGUGAUAUGGACAUGAAGAACUAUGUGGGUCAAACAGCAUAUGAUGUUGCAGACUCAGAAAUGUUCAAACUGUUGGAGGAACUGAAGAAAAAACAAGUAACUGCCCAAAAGGAUCGUGGAGAUAUUAAUUCAAUACUCCAAAAGAAGGGGGCCAGCAUACCAAAGAGACGGUCCUCAAUAACCAGAAUGUCUGUGACUGACAAGUCAAACCUAAUCAAUAAGGACACUUCAUCUGAGCGCCAGCUUCUUGACCAAAGUAUAACAGAAGAGGGUAGCAACAAAGUGAAGAAAGUAGAACUGGAAAUUGAAACUGAGUCAGAGAAAGAAGCCAGUAUACCACCUCCAGAAAUUGAAGUUGACACUCAAGAAUCUACAAGUGACUCAAGUGAAUCCACAGAUGAUUCAGAAACCUCUAGUGAUAGUGAUACUCUUAGUAGUGAUGAUAAGGAUGAGAAGAAGAACCGGGCAAAUAAGGAUGAGCCUUCAAAAAUACCCACUGUUCCAGAAGUCAGCAAAACAGUUCCUAAUGCAACUCCUAACUCACCAUCGAAAACACCAGGUGAGACUGAAGACAUAAACCUUCCAACCUGGAAGCGUCCUGGUUCAUUCAGGAGUCGAGGUGUUGAUGGACGACUAGAUCAGCCUCCAAAUAAAUCAUUAUCUUUACGAAUAGGCGAGAAAGAUUAUGUGUCCCAUAGAGCCACCACGCCAACAGGAGCAGAUAGUCGUAACAUUGCAGACACACCAGAAGUUGUGUUGAGGAGGACACAAAGUUUUGAAGCCGAUGAAAAGUUCUAUCGCAGAUACAUGGAGUUGCAAGCAAGAAUAAAAGCUGGCUCUUGCCCUACCUUACACUCGUCCCCCGUCUCAGCCCUUCCAACCCGCUCCGCAUCUCUCCGAGAGAAACACCUGCCAAGGCGUGGAACCAAUGAUGAGGCAAAGAUUACAUCUUGCCCAUCACAAGAGGUGCCGACAACAACAACAGCAGCAACAACUACAGUGACAACUACAACUGCUGCCAUUGUUACAACCACAGUAACAAGUUCACCAGCUAAAACAACUGCCACUUCACCUACCACCACCAGUCCACUACCAACAAGUCAGAUCAGAAGUCCUGCCAUGGGCAGUGUUUCAAGUGCUAGUCCUUCAACACCAAGCACACCCACAACUCCAGGGGGGAGUAAGCUUAGUCCUGGAAACAUCUUUAAGAAUUUCUUCAAGUCAUUUGUGCCACCAGUACGAGAUGAAGAAUCAGAAACACAGAGGAAAGCUCAUGCAAAACGGGUAAGAGAGACAAGAAGAUCUACUCAGGGAGUCACAUUAGAAGAAAUCAAGGUAGCAGAACAGCUGGUCAAAAAGAAGAAUCAGCAGCAGUUGCACCAAGCAACGCAACAACUAAGCAACCAUGAACAGCAACCUGUUGUCAUCCCUACUGCUAGUUCAACGUCAAUUACAGCAACAAUAACAGCAGCAACCCCAACUGUGCCUUCUAGCAGUAGUCCAACAAAUACAAAGGAGGAAGGUUUCGUUCAAGAACGGCGUCCAUCAUGGAGACUUAGGGUUGAUAAUGGAGACAGGAGCAAGUUUAUGUUGGAGGAUGCUCGAAAUCGGAAUACUGUCAGUGAAAAUACAUCGCCAUAUGUAAGGAGGCUGACAGGAGGUACUAACACAGCAGUCCGUCCAUCCUCUGCUCCAGUUGAAAACAAUAUUGCAGAUGCUACCCUCACGAUACCUCUCCGGCGUCAGACGAAGCCACCCGAUGACAAAGAGCAAGAUAAGGAGAAUGACAUCCGAAAUGCACAAGCAACACAAGCUGUGAUACAGAGGCGGCGGCGGCCCAAGAGAAGAUCAACUGGUGUUGUUCAUGUUGAUAUGGAUGAAAUCAACCCAGACAGACAAGAAUCACCUAGUAGAGGAGAUGGGGAUGAGAUAAUGAAGGCUAAUAAUGACGAGAGUGGUGGUGAUCUGUCCAGCCAUUCCUCUCGCCUUAGCUCUGUUGCAUCCUCCAGAGGUGACAUUUCUGCAAAUGUAGCCAAAGACGGCAGUGAAAAUGGCGAGGUGGACUAUAAGAAGCUAUAUGAGGAGUCUUUGGUGGAGAAUGAACGACUGAGAGAGAAGCUAAAGAAGACUGAAGAAGAUUUGAAUGACAGGAAAUCUCAGCUAGAUAAAUUGUCUGUUGCGACGGCAAAAAAUUCCUUAACUGAAAUGGAAAAACGUGAAAGGAGGGCAAUGGAGCGGAAAUUGUCAGAAAUGGAAGAGGAAUUAAAGUUAUUGGAACAAUUCAAAAGUGAAAACCAGAGAUUAAAGGAUGAAAAUGGUGCCUUGAUCCGGGUCAUAAGCAAGCUAUCAAAAUGAUGCAUCAGAAUAACUCAACUAGCCGCAUACAUGUUUGUAUAUAGUAAUGUAAUUUAUUAUUAAUAUUUAAGUGUAAGGCACUGGUUUGUACUCCAUGCCUGUUUCAGCAGUAUUGGUGAAAGUCAUCUUGACAAGAUUGGUAUGUCAUUUUAUCUGUGCAUAAAGUUUUCACAUGGUUUCAUAUGUACUUGACUCAUGGUAUUUCACAUACAGAAUUUGACAUUAUGCAUAAUUUGUUGAAAGUAAAGGAGGGAGAAAGUUGGCAAUGUAAAAUAUCUGUUGACAGCAGGAUCAUAUAACUUGUAUCUAGAUGUAUAAAUAGUUUUAUAUAAGUUAACAAUAGCUGAGAAUAUAUUUAAGCAAACAAAAUCAGUUUCAGACACUUUUGUUUUACAUUGGCAUAAAAGUAAUAGAGAAGAUUAAAUAGAAUGUAUGUUACUUGGGUUAGAUGAAAAGAAAUUUAAGAUACUUUUUGUCAUUUUACUGUUCUUUAUUUUGUAGUUUUAGUGAAAAAGAAUGUAUACUUUUAUGGAGUAACAUACAGAGUCUUACAGAGCAGAACAGUUUUAAAAGUUAAAUUCUUUUUUGAUGCCAGUGAUGUGUAAUUGACAUGAACUGGCAUCCGUGGACAUAACAGUGCAUUUGAUGGAGUUGAAAUUUAUCAGAUUUCUCAUAACAGAUCUGUAUUUAAUGCAUGGUUUUGGUUAUAUGUAGUAAUUUUGAUUCCACACAGAAUGGCAGUUUCAAAUUGCUUUUCUAGUCCUUUGUCAUUAGAAAUGAUAUCCAUAUUAAUAAACUUUUGAAGCAGAUAGUUAAUGUCAUGUUUUGGUUGCAUACAUACAUGGCAGACAAAUAGGAGAUUAAAAUGUACAAUGAAUAGACUACAACUACUAGCAGUGUUUAUUAACUAAUUUAGAAUAUAUAACACAUAAGUCCCAUAAUGAGAAUGAUAGGAUAUCAUAGCAGAAAACAGUUUUACUUGGUCCGUUACUGUAGUUUAUGCCAGCAUGGCUAUGUCCAUACAAACUAUCCGUAUCUGCUGCUCAGUAGAGUAGAAUAACAUAACAUAAAGAAAUGUGGUGCUAUAUCCUUCAUUUGAAAGUAUAGAUUCAAAA